CUUAUUUACUCAAUGUUAUUUACCCAUUUUUUCAGAAAUUUUUAUCAUACAAUCGUUAACUCAGGGAAUCCCUAAACAAUUAUUUUAAAAACACAAACAGUAAAAUGUCACUGAAGUUAGUGAUUGUCUUCACGUACGUCGUUUCCAUCAGUGCAUUAUCACUUCCUACGAGUCAAUAUGACGUGGUGCAAGACCCCAUUGAAUUUAACGAAAACGCAACUAAUACUGCAAUUAUAAAAGAAGAAAUACCCGGUUGGCACGUAAGCGUAAGAAUCCGGAACGUCCAUUAUUGCAACGGAGCUAUAAUCCACAAUAACUGGGUGGUAACUUCAGCUCAGUGUAUUUUUAAUUGCGACUCAAUGAAGUCAAUGGUCACAGUUCAGUCCAUGACUCCCAAAACCAACAACAGUACCAAUAUCCACAAAGUCAUAAAAUACAUAAUGCACGAAGGCUUUAAAUUAAACGAGUGCAACUUGCCGAUCAAUGACAUUGGACUUCUGCAAAUAGAAAAUAGCUUCUUUUUCUACGGACCAGUUCCUGCAAAAAUAAUAAAAAUCUCCAGUCCAGUGACUGUGCCAUCUGAUACAAAGAUGGAUGUUUCGGGUUGGGAAUACGGUGUCAUCAACAACAAAGCUGCAGAAAUGGGAAAAGUUGACCAAUGGAUGACCAUCGGCAACCAACAGUGCCUUGCAUAUUACUACUCUUUGAAUGUGAUGCUCACUAGUCAAUUUUGUGCGGUUUAUACUCAACAAACUGUGGAAAAUCCUUGCAGCUUUGUUGAUCUUGGAAGCCCAAUGGUCUUGGAUGGUCGUCUGGUGGGCAUCAAGUCCUGGAAAAUGAAUUGUACACUGUUUCCUCAUUCUCCGACGAUGUUUACCAAUGUUAGAGUUUACUAUGAUUGGAUUAGAGCCAAAGUGGGAAAUGCUGUUAGUUUGUAAACAAAAUAAAUUUGUAAUUUUA